UAGUUGGUCGCCGCGAUUCGUCGAGUGGAGAAUUUUGCCCAUCUACCACUCGACAGGAGAUUUGCGGCCAGGAUUCGUGCCAUUCCGCUCCCGCUCCCGAAUCGUACCAUGGACGAAGACGUGAGCGAGGCCCUCAAGGACGGCUACAUGGUGCGCUCUCUUCCGCGCAUAGACUCGGCAAGCGAACCAGAUGACUUUGACGACACACCUUCGCUCGACGAAGCUGAGGAUACUGGAUAUAACUUGAUGAAGAUCAAUCGUCAGUCUACCGACUUGGAACAUGCCUUUGACCUCAGUCCGCCACCUCCCGCAAAGACAGACAAACGAGCCGAGAUCGUUGCGGAGCGCCUGUUCUCAGUCGAGCAUCUGGAUGUCAUUCUCAAAGACAAUGCCCAGCUGCAGCGGUUCACUACAUUCCUCAUGCGAUACCGCGCGCACUGCGUCCCGACUCUGGUGCGAUAUCUUGACUCGAAGAAAGCCUUGAAAGCGAUACAGUACGCCAAUGCACUGGCAGACCAAAUCACGCAACAACCGAGCUGGCCAACAAAAGCCGCUGCCGCGUCUCUCGAUCCGAAAUUCGAGGAGCUUUCUCAGCGCGCACUGGAUGAGCUUGUCGCAGAGGCUCUACCUGCAUAUAUUACCUUUAAUGUGGUGGACGUGGUAACAGAACUGCUCAACCAGGAGAUCAUUGGCAGGAUUACACCAGUCAUGCGCGAGCUGGUCCAUGGUUUGGCAGAAGUGUACUGUCUGAGCGAUCCGACGCAAGAAGGCAACCCUAUCGUUUUUGCCUCAGAUGAGUUCUACAACACGACUCAGUACGGCAGCGGAUAUGCGAUCGGGAAAUCCUGUCGCUUCCUUCAUGGACCAAAUACCGACAAGCGCGCCAUCGAGAGACUGGACAAGGCCGUCGAGGAGCAAGAAGAGGUCAACGAGACUGUGGUGCAAUAUCGACAAGAUGGCACUCCAUUUCUGGCACUUGUAAUGUUUGCGCCUCUGAAAGACAACAAGGGUGUUCUCCGCUACUUCAUCGGCGCGCGAAUUGAUGUGACCCAACUGGUAGAGGGCGGCAAGACGAUCGACUCCUUCCAUCAGCUACUCACUGGAGACCGCCCUGAAACACCUAUUGCGGACCCGCUAGAGAACAGACCUACACUCAAAGCUCUGCGGGAAUUCAGGGAUAUGUUGAAUGAUGAAGAAAAGGGAUCAAUAAGGGAAAGCGACUCACUGCGCACCGAUUCUAGACCUAGCUCACCGUGGCCACCCCAGAGCCCCACACAGCGCCGCUUCGUGGGCAUCGAGGAGCGGAUCUCUCAAGAAGGUCUUCGAUCUCGUUUUGCUGGACAAGUACCAGGAGUAUACCGAAACUACAUGCUCGUCCGUCCCUACCCUUCGCUCCGCAUAAUCUUCACCUCUCCCUCCCUCCGUAUCCCCGGCCUCUGCCAAUCCAAACUGCAAGACCACAUCGGCGGCCCCGAGCACGUCCGCGACUCCUUCAUCCAAGCCCUCGCGCAAGGCAUCGGCGUCACCGCCAAAAUCUCCUGGCUAACCCGCGUCACCCGCCCCGGCACACACCUCGACGUCCCCUUUGUCGACGACAACGCCAGCAUCCUCACCAGCGACCUGGAAGCCAUCGAGGGCAAGGCGCGCUGGAUCCACUGCACGCCGCUGACCGGCUCCGACGCCAAAGUCGGCGUCAUCAUGAUCAUCAUGGUCGACAAAGAAGACGCGGCCCACAACCUGUCGAACAUGGGCAGCUUAUCUGCGCCCAGCCCCGCCCGCCCGCGCGACUCCGCCGCGCCCCACGCCCGCGCAAAGAGCUACAACAGCUUCCGCGGCUUCGAGUACACGCCCGAGCGCUACCAGCACCGCUCGAGCCCCACGAGCACCGCGACGAGCACCACUCCGUCGGUGCGCGGCGACAACGUCCGCAAGGCGUCGCUGCGGUCGAUGGGCGGGAGCAGGCUGUAUGCGGACUAUAUGCGGGAUAUCCAGGGGGCGCAGAAGCGGGGGGAUUCGUUUGGGAGUCGGUCGCGCGAGCACGAGGAGCGCUCUAAUGGGCUGGGGUCGAUGGCUACGGCGGUCGCGGUUAAGAGUGUGAAUGGGCGGGGGAGAACGCGGAAGGUUGGGGGCACGCUUUGAGGACUGUGGAUUGUGGAUUAUGGUCUGUGGUUUGUAUUGUAUAACAUGGUGAUUAUAGGUCUUGAGUAUGA